AUGCUGAAGCGACUCCAACGCCAUGCAGCGAAAUUUCACCAGCAUGCGAACAAGCCGCGGGUCAUCCGAAAGUACGUAGCUGCUGCUGAACAUUUCGGGAAGGCGGAGGUGAGAAAACACACGGCCCAUGUGGCCGCAUGGGUGGCCUAUCCACCCGAAGGUCGAACUCCCGAUGUUUCUGAGCUCCGGCUCCUUGCCCAACUCGUGAGAAAGUUGGGUUCGGGCCCAUUGCCUCCGCGCCUUCGCUUGGUCCUGCCAGCAGCGCAAAGAAGUCUCCGAUCUUACUCUUCAGCCCGCGACGAAUGGGAGGUGGCCCGAAGCUAUCUUCAAAAGCGAUUGGCACGCUUGCGAUGUUGUGCUGAAUCCAUGCCGCAGAUUGAAGAAGCUCCGGCAACUCCAGCGGCUUCGUCGGAGAAGAAUAAGAAGGAUGCCAGUGGUAGCGCUUCUGGUCCAGAGGCCAUCUUCAGAAGCAUGAACAGGUGGGCGAACAUGCGGCUUGAAGAGAAGUCCAAGUGCUUGGAGGAAGCGGCAGUUGUUGUGGGAAAUCUGGACAGCAACACCUGCCAGACAAAACUGUGUGAAGUAGUGUCUCAGGCCGUGGGUGCCCUUGCACCCCCGCGCACAGCUUCUCAGCAGGCACAGCCAGUUUCUGGCACGGGCGAAGUCGACACCUGCAAUAGUGCGGAGGAGGCCGGGCCGUCCCUGAACUUGCAGCGGCGGACGAGGAAACUGUUGCUCAAGGCUCUCCGUGCGUGGCAGUCCCAGGGCUUUGAUCCCAAGCUCAUUCAAGAGGAGCUGCGUUAUCUCCAGAAGCUCUUUGACGAUUUCGAGGCAAAGCGUGGUGACCUUCCGGGGGCUGCAUCGGCAUCUGCUUGGCUGGCCAUCAGGCAAGUGGCGGAGGAGCUGCAGCAAACCGCAGAUGGCAUAGUCGUGGAGGCACAAGCUUCGCGCUCUACCAAAUCCAUAUUGGGAGUGGAAAGAUCUAGCAAACAAGAUGUCAUGGAUAAAGUGAUGGUUGCACUGGGCGGACAAGCAACACUGAAGCAGCUGGUGACUUACGUGGAGCAGCAUCCGCAAGAUGUGGAGGAGUCGGAGGCAUUAGCCAAGCGCCUCCGUCGAAGUGGUGCGAGUGAUUUCUUCGCGGUCAAAGUAAAGUCAAAAGAUGGGCAGGCCAUUUAUGGCCUGGCAGAGUGUCGACCGAGAGGUGUUCGGAGGGGGCGUCGUGGCUUUGCUGCCAGGACCCAUCUGAGAGAGCUGGCCUGCGAGUGCUUUGGGCCUUUCAGGCAGCAUGCAGAGGAAGCGAGCCGAGAUUAUGCUCGGUUGCAGGCUUGGAGGGCCACAUUGACCCCAACAGCUUUGCUGGAGCGAGUGCGGCGCUGGAAGGGUGCCCGUAUUACCAGCGCAAAGCGGUUAGACGGCGCCCGCAGGACAGCCAAA